AUGAGCCGCAUGAUCAUCCUGGCAGGCGCUCCUGCUCCUGCGAAGCUCGACUGGAGCGAAAAAUCCCUCUUGUCCUCCGAGUCAAUGCAUCUGGAGGGUGUCACCUCACCACUCUCGCCCACUUCCAAAGCCUUUGGUGCUCAAUGGCGACAGAUCACCACCCAAAGGCUGCAGAUGCGCCCGAUCCUCCCCAAACUCAACAUUGGCCCACUACCUACGCCAAACGAGCUCAACAAAGGCCCCGCUGAAUUCUUCAGCCCUGAUGAACACAUUGGCACCCAGACACCCGUCAGCGAUAUCAGUGCGAGUGAAUCGCAGCCGUCAGCGUCCGGCGCCUCGGCCGAUUCUACUUCGGAAGCACUGUCGGAUUACUAUCAACACUCUUUCACAAUUCACGAGGCGAUACCGUCGAAUCAAUUAAGUGGCUUCUCAGAGUACACACCGGGCACACCGACCUACGAGAGCAAUGAAGAGAUGUUCCCAAUGACUCCGAUCAAUGGAGGAGGCAUAAUUCGCACACCCUCGCAGCGGAGACUGAGCCAGGCACCAAGACCAAAACACCUCAGCGACCUGGAGGACAUUCCCAAUGCAAAGUACCUAUCGUCGAUCGAGCCACAGACGAUGACGGUCAAUCUGAUCGUGGGCAUUAUAUCAAUUGCACCACCUCGCACAGUGAUUACGGGUCAAAAGUACGGAAAGCCGAGGCCCACAGAGCUCGUGGAAAUGAUUGUCGGCGACGAUACCAAAACCGGCUUCAGCAUCACCAUGUGGCUACCACGAGAGAUGAGAGUGAACUGGAAGGAUGGUGCAAACGCCGCGCCAGAAGGAUCAAGAAGUGUUUUGAGGCGGAGCCUCCGGUUUAUGCGACCGCGCGACGUGGUAUUGCUACAGAAUGUCGCGUUGAGCUCCUACCAAGGCAAAGUCCAUGGACAGAGCCUGAAGGGAGACGUGACCAAGAUUGAUCUACUGUUCCGGAAGAAAGUCGACGACGACGAUCUCAGCGGCAUUUACUCGGUCUCAAAUCUACGGACAGCUACAGGCAAAGACCCACAGGUGUUGAAAGUCAAAAAGGUUCGAGAUUGGAUGACCGAGUUCGUCGGCGACCGAGGCAGCCCUGCUCCCAAAGGACGACGAAGAAGGGGUCUUGACGGAAGGCUUGGGUAUGGAUUCCUCCCCGACGAUACCCAGUGA